AUGUUACAACCGCCGCAUAAACCAUAUUCUAGAGCCUAUCUUGCGGAAAGCAGUAUAGUGAUUAAAGCACAGGAAGAGUAUGUCAGGGAUGAUUUACAGGAAGAUAAAGACGAAGACUCCUCGGAGAGUCACGGAAGUAGCGUUUUUGAGACAGCUUCUCUAAUCAGCUGUGUGACAUGCCUAAGUGAUUAUAGUGAUAGGGGGAACUCGAAGAGUGCUUUACCUGCAAACACAGUUAUUCCCUAUGCGAAAAUAUUGAAUGUACAAGAAGUAUCUGCAACACCGCAGAUUAACUCGCCAGUCUCAGAUCCUUUUUCAGACGAGAAUGCACUGCUUAACAAUCGAGCGGAGUUUAGGACAAAAAAACAAUGUAAAGAUGGUGUAGAACUAUAUUCAGAUGUUAUACCUUCGAAACGCAGCGGUGAUCUUGUUGAGAUCACAUAUGCCAAGCCGAGGCGGAGUGAUCUUGUACCGAAAACUGUUAUUCUAUUGGUUGAGAGACAUCCACAAGGCAAUUGCACCGCUGAUAACGGAGAUAUCAUAGAAGAGAUUUUGCAGAAGAGUUACAGAGGCACGAAAAGGAAGAAGUCUAUCCUUAUGAUUAUAAAUCCUUUUGGAGGCAAGGGAAAGGCCAAAAAGCUAUACCUGACGAAAAUUAAACCAAUAUUAAUGGCGGGUGGUUGUAAGGUGGAGGUCGUGGAAACAGAGUAUCGUACCCAUGCUGCAGAAAUUGUGGAGAAAAUUGAUAUAGAUUCAUUCGAUGUGAUCGCCGCAGCCUCGGGUGAUGGUAUCCCACAUGAAGUGCUUAACGGAUUGUACAGGCGUCCGGAUCGUGUCAGGGCGUUUGAGAAAUUAGCUAUAACACAACUUCCUUGUGGGUCAGGAAAUGCAAUGAGUGUGUCGUGUCAUGGAACCGAUAAUCCUUCCUAUGCAGCGUUAUCUUUGCUCAAAGCUGUAGAAGUCCGCAUGGAUAUCAUGUGUUGCACACAACCAUCUUGCAUUGAUAGCCCGAGACUCUCUUUCCUAAGCCAAAAUUAUGGUAUAAUUGGUGAGUCUGAUAUUAAUACUGAAUUUAUGCGGUGGUUAGGCCCUACACGGUUUGAGUUAGGCGUUACGUUGAAUAUUGUCCAGAAACGGAAAUACCCAUGCGAAAUUCAUGUAAAGUAUGCUGCGAAGACUAAAAACCAAUUAAAAGAUCACUAUCUAAGACACAAGGAACGGAUCUCACAAGAUUUAAAAGGCUUAGGCUCAGAAGAAAGCAAACCUAAUUCAACUCCUGGAAGUGAGGCUCUUAAUCAUGAGAACCACACACUUAGUGAUGUUAUCCUAGACGAUAGCUCGUUUAAACCUAAGUGGUCGUUAAGUGACCCUGUUCCCUCCGACUGGGAGGUGAUUGACCAAGAUUUGGCCGACAACUUGGGUAUAUUUUAUACAGGUAAGAUGCCAUAUGUUGCCGCAGAUACAAAGUUUUUCCCAGCUGCAUUACCUGACGACGGCACAAUGGAUGUUAUAAUUAUAGAUGCUCGAACGCCAUUGUCUAGAAUGGUUUCUAUUCUACUAUCACUAGAUAAAGGUACGCAUGUUUUACAGCCCGAAGUACAGCAUUCCAAGAUUCUUGCGUAUAGAAUAGUGCCAAAAAAGGAAAGCGUCUUUUCAGUUGACGGAGAACGAUUCCCUUUUGAACCUUUACAAGUAGAAAUUCUACCGAAGUUGGCCAAGACGUUGUUAAAAAAUGGCUCCUAUGUGGAAACGGAGUUCAAAAGCUUGUGA